AUGAUUUUCAACUUGAACGCGCUUGGUGAUUUUUUGCACAUUCUCGAAGACGAUUGGAAAAGAUAUAAAACAGCCAAGGCUGAGAAAGAACUAAAACUAAUGGAAGAGAAUGCUAAAACUGGACGAUUUAUAGGUCUUAUGUUCGCCUCUUUCAUGUAUACCGCUGGUUUAUUUUUCAAUACCUUCAUACCGAUCGCCACUAUGAGAGCAAUAAAUCGCAAUUAUCAAACUGAAACUCUUCGACAAAGCAAUGAUAAUAUAACACACGUUUUACCGAUUCCAGCAAAAGUUCUUAUCUACACGGUACAUAGUUCGGUAAUGACGUCGAGUUCUCCAAAAUACGAAUUACUUUUUUUGGCUCAAUAUUUUUUCGCAUUUCUACGUUAUACCAUCAUGGUUGGUAUUUGCAGUAUUAUGGCAGCUUAUGUCCUUCAUGUUUGUGGCCAGCUCGACAUCGUGAUCAUGCUGUUGAAUCAGUACAUCGACAAUACCAACACUGACAAAACGAUUCACCUGGAUUGUACUCAACGAAAAAAAUUGUCGAUAAUAGUGACUUGCCAUGCACGAGCUUUGAGAUUGGCGGCAAGAAUCGAAAAAACGUUCAAUUUCAUGAAUUUAGUCGAUUUUAUCGGGUGCACUUUUCAAAUCUGUUUCACUGGUUUCCUUCUUGUUAUGACUUUAGGUGGUAAACCAUUAAUUUGGGUGACAUGGGCCUUACUUCUUAUUUCAUUUGUUUUUAAUAUUUUUAUCAUUUGUCACAUAGGAGAAUAUCUAACUCAAAAAUGCCAAGAAAUAGGCGAGAUUGCCUACAGUAUCAAAUGGUAUGAUUUUAGUAGCAAAAGAGCUAUGAAUUUGAUGAAUAUCAUGAUAAUUUCUAGCUCUUAUCCAACUAGAUUGACCGCUGGUAAAAUGGUAUACCUUACUAUGACAACGUUUAGCCAGGUAUUAUCAAAAGAUUACUAA